UUUCCGACGGGGCCUAGUUUGCAGUGGCGCUGUCCCCUCGCCGGUCGGAGUGGGAUGGCGGAAGCGCCGUCCGGCUGCCGAAGCGCCCUGCCUGGGGCUCCGACUCAGUCAGAUGAAGAUGCCCAAACUUAAGGGCUUUGAGUUUUGGAGAAACACAUUGAGAGGUGCCCGCUACGUGGUUGCUCCCAUGGUGGAUCAAAGUGAACUCGCCUGGAGACUGCUAAGCCGCCGUCAUGGAGCCCAGUUGUGUUACACCCCUAUGCUGCAUGCUCAGGUCUUUGUCAGAGAUGCCAAUUACCGUAAAGAAAAUCUGUAUUGUGAAGUGUGCCCUGAAGAUAGACCUUUGAUUGUGCAGUUCUGUGCCAAUGACCCAGAAGUGUUCGUCCAGGCUGCCUUGUUGGCUCAAGAUUACUGUGAUGCUGUUGAUCUGAAUUUAGGAUGCCCCCAGAUGAUUGCAAAGAGAGGUCACUAUGGAGCAUUCCUGCAGGAGGAGUGGGACCUUCUUCAGAGAAUGAUUGCGUUGGCUAAUGAGAAGCUCUCUGUUCCUAUCACAUGCAAAAUCCGUGUUUUCCCAGAAAUUGCCAAGACUGUCAAAUACGCUCAGUUGCUGGAGAAGGCUGGAUGCCAACUCCUGACUGUCCACGGUCGCACAAAAGAACAGAAAGGACCUCUUGCUGGUGUGGCCUCCUGGGAGCACAUACAAGCUGUGAGAAAGGCUGUAAAUAUUCCUGUGUUUGCAAAUGGAAACAUCCAGUACCUCAGUGACGUGGAACAAUGUAUUCAGAAGACAGGAGCUCAUGGAGUCAUGAGUGCAGAGGGCAAUCUUCAUAAUCCAGCACUCUUUGAGGGAAGAAACCCUGUGGUCUGGGAGAUGGCUGAGGAAUACCUGGAAAUAGUACAACAAUAUCCUUGCCCAUUGUCCUACGUCAGGGCUCAUCUCUUCAAGCUGUGGCAUCACACGUUACAAGUUCACCAGCAGCUGCGCGAUGAACUGGCAAAAGUAAAGACAUUGGAAGGUCUUGUGGCUGUCAACAAACAGCUGAAGUUGCACUGUCAGAAAGAAAUUGCCAAUUUGAAGGAAGAAGAGAAGCCCAAGGGAGGACUGCCUUUCUCCCAUUGGAUUUGUCAGCCAUACGUGAGACCAGGGCCCAAGGAGACAUGCAAAGAAAAUGGCACUGCUGGGGUGGAAGGAAGCAAUCGGGGGAAGCGAGCUUUGGAGGAUGAAGAUGAUGGGAACUCAGAUUCUCUCUCAAAGAACAAACAAAAGAAAAAACUGAGAAAUCCCAAUAAAAGCUUUGAUCCAUCCUUGAAACCUAAAUAUGCAAAAUGUGAUCAGUGUGGAAAUCCAAAGGGUAACAAGUGUGUGUUUAACCUGUGUCGAGGAUGCUGCAAGAAAAGGGCUUUUAGAGAGACAGCAGAUUGCCCAGGACAUGGUCUGCUUUUUAAAACCAAAUAUGAAAAGUCCCUUUUGUGGAAAAGCAGCCAGUCUAAUUUGCUGAAUAUUGAAAUGACAGCGCAGAAAGGAGAGGUGGAGGAAACAAUAUUGCUCAAAGAAGCUAUCGAUGGUGUGGCAUGAGGCCUUGAAAAUUUCUUCUCCUGGAUCUGCUUAUAGGCCUCUGUCUCCCUGGGCCAAAGAAAUCUCUUCUUCCAGAAUACAGCAGUUGUCUAAAAUGACUGCACAGACCUGUUCUUAGCUGGCGGACAAGUCUUAUUUAAGGAAAAGUUUCUAACUCAGGGAAAUAGCCUGCAAUGGAAAUAAAAAGAUGCAAUGAGAACUUUUCAUGCUGUGUUUGAAAGACUUCGAAGGACUAGGCCAGAAAUGCCUCUUAAAAGUCUUCACCUGCCUGUUUUAAAAAUGAUGUAUGAUUUUAAAAUUGGCAAAUAAAUGUUUUAUAUAAGAACCAUUUUCUGGAAUAUUAGAAACAGUUGGGGAAUGUGGUAAUGCUGAGAAGAGUAGAAAGGUAUUUGAUUGCAGUUAAGAGGGCCAGGGCAGGCAGGCAGGUUUGUAUUCAAGGAUUGUGUCAAAUCGUGACUCCGAAAAGUAUUUCACAGAAUCUGUAUGUAAAGAGCACUUCUGUGUAGGAAUUAAGGUGAAACUUCCAUUUGAAAUAUAAUUUAUCAGGAGUGUAAUUUAGUGACUGAGGUUUGUGUGUGCUGGGAAACUGCAAAUCUUUUCUGGGAAUACACUUUCCGUGGUCCCAGAAAAGGCACCGAAAAAACAGAAGCCAAACGGCUCGCAACCAUUUUGCACACGGACAUGUCACCAGCAUUCCAUGAGUGGGCCAUCCCUAUUAGGGCGUAUGACAACAGCCCUACUGACAUUAAUGCCAUUUUCCUUGCCUCACCCAUUAUUUCAUCCCUGUCAUUUUUUCUGAGGCUUUACAAAAAGCACGUGCUGAGCUCUGCCACUGAAAUCAGACUGAUGUCUAUGAACUUUGGUUCAUAUGUAUUAGGUCUGGAUAUCAGCCACCAAAUCGGAGCAGGUUUGGACACUACUCUUGGCUAGACACAUUUAUGCGUAAAAAGCUGUGAAGCAGUAGAAAGAUUACUGGGUUGGGCCAUUCACCAGUAAUGCAGGAUUUCACAAGUAUGUUUUAGAUUGUAGAAUACCCUACCCGCCUCCCGCCUAUUAUCAGCAUUCCUUGAUAUGGGAUGGCAGCUGCUGUGGCCCAGGGUGGCCAAUGGGGCCAGCUGCUGGUGCCUUUCCCAUGCACCCUUCCUUGUUUGUCAUCCCUCCUGCCACCUAUGCACAUUUGGAUACACGCAUGUAUUGCCUAGUACUGUUGGGGGAAGUAUGUGCCUGUAACGGGGAAGACAGGCCUUUGGCUGGCUUGCAAGCAAGCUGA